CCCCGCCCGGCGCCGCCGGAAGUCGCGUGACCCCGGAAGUGGCGGGCGCGGGCGCGGCGCGGCGCGGCGACGUCCGUCACUCGGUCGGGAGCGGAGCGGCGCGGCGCGGUCGGACUCGGUGUCGCAGCCCCACCCGCGAGCAUGGCGGAGCAGGAGCCCACGGCCGAGCAGCUGGCGCAGAUCGCGGCGGAGAACGAGGAGGACGAGCACUCGGUCAACUACAAGCCGCCGGCGCAGAAGAGCAUCCAGGAGAUCCAGGAGCUGGACAAGGACGACGAGAGCCUGCGCAAGUACAAGGAGGCGCUGCUGGGCCGCGUGGCCGUGUCCGCCGACCCCAGCGUCCCCAACGUCGUGGUGACCCGCCUGACCCUGGUGUGCGGCACCGCCCCCGGGCCGCUGGAGCUGGACCUCACAGGCGACCUGGAGAGCUUCAAGAAGCAGUCCUUCGUACUGAAGGAGGGCGUGGAGUACCGGAUCAAGAUCUCCUUCCGGGUGAACCGCGAGAUCGUGUCGGGCAUGAAGUACAUCCAGCACACGUACCGGAAGGGCGUCAAGAUCGACAAGACGGACUACAUGGUGGGCAGCUACGGGCCCCGCGCCGAGGACUACGAGUUCCUCACGCCCAUGGAGGAGGCGCCCAAGGGCAUGCUGGCGCGGGGCAGCUACAGCAUCAAGUCCCGCUUCACCGACGACGACAAGACGGACCACCUGUCCUGGGAGUGGAACCUCACCAUCAAGAAGGAGUGGAAGGACUGAGGGGCCGCUCGCUCGGACCCGCCCCCGCCCCGCCCCGCCCCGCCCGCAGGCCCCCUGCUGCCUUGGUGGUCUUGUGUCUGUUGCUGCUUCCACCUGUGCUGUGGGGGGCUCCAGCCCCGCCUCCACCUCCCCUUGUCUCCCUCCAGGCCCUCACUGGCCCGGCCCGCCUGGUGUCCCGGCCGUGUGCCACGGGGCCGUUGUUGGGUUUCUAGGGCGCUCGGCCCCCUGCGUCUCGGCUGCACGCUCCCCGAGGGGGUGGGGGUGCAGUGGGCUGCAGGGCCAGGCGGGGUCCAGCUCUGCCCUCCCGGGCAGUCGUCAUCGCUUUCAGUGACCGUCGAACCAUGAUGCCUUAACGUGGAGCGUGCCGGGCCUGGCCGCCGCUCGCCCUGUCUGCAUGAGCAUGCGCCCACCGUCCACUGCCUGGCCCCGGACGGGGUCUGCUGCUCCUGGGGCUUGGGGAAAGCCAAAUUGCCAAAACUCCAGUUGCCUCCAGUCCCAGUGAGAGCUCGGGUGUCCUGGCGCCCCAGCCUUGUCGUCCCGGUGCCCCCGCCCCCCCUCCCCCACAGAGACCCGGGCGGACCCAGCCAGUGGCCGAGCCUUAUUGUCCCCUGGGCCUGCGGCCAGUGCUUGGCCUGUCAGUGUUUGUGUCUGGCCGCACCAGCCUGCCACCUCUACCCCCAGGCUCAGCUCCACCAUCCCGGCAGGCCCCCACACCCAGCCUGGACCCCCGAGGGACCAAGUGAUCAGCCGCAGCCUUCUGUGACCCUCCCCUCCCGGCCAGGCUCCACCUCACCCACAGAGCUGGCCCUGCUUCCCCUUUCUGACGGGAAAUAAAGUUCCCCUAUGGA